GGAGGAUGGCUUUUCUUGAACACCACGAACACCACUUCGAUCAACCGUCCCUUCUCACACCCCAAUUCCUUGGGUUAGUUGGGGAAAUCCAUCAGCUUAUUUGCCAACGUGACUAUCCUCUGUUACCAACAUGGCGCCGGACUCUACAGACGUCGACAUGGACGUGAACCGUCCAGACACCGAAGAUGAGGAUACGGAGCAGAAGAUCGUCAAUGAAGAAUACAAGACGUGGAAGAAGAACAGCCCCUUCCUCUACGAUAUGAUCCUGAGUACUGCGCUCGAAUGGCCUACGUUGACAACCCAAUGGUUUCCUGAUCGCAAAGAACCUCCUGGAAAGAAUUACACCAUUCACCGGCUCCUUAUUGGCACCCACACUGCGAACGGUGCACAGAACUACCUGCAAAUCGCCAACGUCGAGAUUCCAAAGACCGUCACCCCUAACCCCCGCGAUUAUGAUGAAGAGCGCGGAGAAAUUGGUGGCUACGGAAACUCGUCAUCUGGCGAUCAGGUUGCGAUCAAGAUGAACAUCGAACAGAAGAUAGAUCAUCCCGGGGAGGUCAACAAGGCGAGAUACCAGCCGCAAAAUCCUAACAUCAUAGCCACAAUGUGCGUUGAUGGACGAGUACUGGUCUUCGAUCGCACAAAGCAUAGUAGCGUUCCAAAAGGUGUUGUGUCUCCACAAGCUGAACUUAUAGGUCACAAGAAGGAGGGUUUUGGUUUGGGGUGGAGUCCACAUGAAGCUGGAAAGCUUGCGACUGGCAGCGAAGACAAGACUGUUCGCUUAUGGGACCUCAAAACGAUCCAGACGAACAACAAUCACGUCAAGGCUUCACGCGUAUAUACCCACCACACCUCUAUCGUCAAUGACGUUCAAUACCACCCAUUGCAUAAAUCCUUGAUUGGAACCGUCUCCGAUGAUCUGACUCUCCAGAUCCUGGAUGUCAGACAGCCAGAGAACAACAAAUCGGCAGUUCAAGGCCACGGCCACACUGAUGCUAUCAAUGCGAUAGCCUUCAAUCCCGCCUCUGAAUUUGUCUUGGCAACAGCAUCAGCCGACAAGACCAUUGGUCUCUGGGAUCUGAGGAACCUGACCGACAGGCUUCACACCCUCGAAGGCCACCAAGACGCAGUUACAUCGCUGGCCUGGCACCCCUUCGAAGAGGCCAUUCUCGGUAGUGGUAGCUACGAUCGCAGAGUGAUCUUCUGGGACCUGAGCCGAGUCGGAGAGGAGCAACUCCCAGACGAUCAAGAGGAUGGUCCUCCCGAGCUGCUCUUCAUGCACGGCGGCCACACCAACCACCUCGCCGAUUUCAGCUGGAACCAGACCGAACCCUGGGUCGUCUGCAGCGCCGCCGAAGACAACCUGAUCCAGAUCUGGAAAGUCGCCGAGUCCAUCGUAGGCAAAGACACAGACGACAUCCCCAUGGAUGAGCUUGAGCGAUAAGCCUCUCGCGCCCUCAGCCAAGCUACUAGGUUUUUGCUUUUGCCAACCAGACAGAUACUUGUAAUACCCGCGGAGGGGCAGAAAACGAGAGAGAAAGAUGAAGAAGCAAGGAUGGGAGGAAGGGAUGGGAAUCCUUGUGUGUAUGUGGCCAGCUAUAAAACGGAGUUUACGUGCAUCCAUGCGUUGAGGUUCCGGCGUUUUUUUU